ACCAAUCAAGACAGUAUAAAGGCAGGGGUUCUUAUCCUGGGAUUGAUGUAGGUAUCAGGAUACCACAACUGCCUGCCUCCCCUUAUGCAGGGGUUACCAAGAGUGUGGAAGCAUGGAGGAAAGUCGAAAUGAGAAGACAAAUGAAGCUCAUAUUCUCUUUGACCGAUUUGUCCAGGCCAGUACCUGCAAAGGAACGUUGAAAGCUUUCCAAGAGCUUUGUGACUAUCUGGAGCUAAAGCCCAAGGACUAUCGUAGCUUCUACCACAAGCUCAAAUCCAAGCUUAACUACUGGAAAGCCAAAGCCCUCUGGGCAAAACUGGAUAAACGGGGCAGCCACAAAGACUACAGAAAGGGAAAAGUGUGCACUAACACCAAGUGUCUCAUCAUUGGAGCUGGGCCUUGUGGCCUUCGCACAGCCAUUGACUUGUCCUUACUGGGAGCCAAGGUAGUGGUCAUUGAGAAACGGGAUGCCUUCUCCCGCAACAACGUCCUGCAUCUCUGGCCAUUUACCAUACACGACCUGAGGGGUCUGGGUGCCAAGAAGUUCUAUGGCAAGUUCUGCGCUGGGGCCAUUGACCACAUCAGCAUCCGGCAGCUCCAGUUAAUCCUUUUGAAGGUUGCUUUGAUUCUUGGCAUUGAAAUCCAUGUCAAUGUGGAAUUCCAGGGCCUUGUAUACCCCCCUGAGGACCAAGAGAAUGAACGAAUAGGUUGGAGGGCACAGGUACACCCCAAAACACAUCCUGUAUCGGAGUAUGAAUUUGAAGUGAUCAUUGGAGGGGAUGGCAGGAGGAACACCUUAGAAGGGUUUCGUCGGAAAGAAUUUCGAGGCAAGUUGGCCAUUGCCAUCACAGCAAACUUCAUCAACCGCCAUACCACAGCAGAAGCCAAAGUAGAAGAGAUCAGCGGUGUGGCCUUCAUAUUCAACCAGAAGUUCUUCCAGGAACUUCGAGAAGCCACAGGUAUUGAUUUGGAGAACAUUGUCUACUACAAAGACGACACACACUACUUUGUUAUGACAGCCAAAAAGCAGAGUUUACUAGAUAAAGGAGUGAUAUUGAACGACUAUGCUGACACAGAACUCUUGCUGUCUCGGGAGAAUGUAGACCAGGAGGCUCUGCUCAGCUAUGCCAGGGAAGCAGCUGACUUCUCUACCAAUCAGCAGCUGCCAUCAUUGGACUUUGCCAUCAAUCACUAUGGGCAACCAGAUGUGGCCAUGUUUGACUUUACCUGCAUGUAUGCAUCAGAGAAUGCAGCCCUGGUUCGGGAACAGAAUGGUCAUCAGUUAUUGGUGGCCCUGGUUGGGGAUAGUCUGCUUGAGCCCUUUUGGCCGAUGGGAACUGGAAUAGCCCGCGGCUUUCUGGCUGCUAUGGACUCAGCCUGGAUGGUCCGAAGCUGGUCUCUAGGAAUUAGUCCCCUGGAGGUCCUAGCAGAAAGGGAAAGCAUUUAUAGGUUGCUGCCUCAGACUACUCCUGAGAAUGUGAGUAAAAACUUCAGCCGUUACAGCAUCGAUCCUGUCACCAGGUAUCCCAAUAUCAAUGUCAACUUCCUGCGGCCAAACCAGGUGCUUCAUUUAUAUGACACAGGAGAGCUGAAAGAUGUUCACCUGGAAAUGGAGAACCUAGUGAACUCUCAAGUAACACCAAAGCUCACCCGAAAUGAGUCUGUGGCUCGUUCCAGCAAGCUGCUCGGCUGGUGCCAAAGGCAGACAGAUGGCUAUGCUGGAGUGAAUGUGACAGAUCUUACCAUGUCCUGGAAAAGUGGCCUGGCUCUUUGUGCAAUUAUCCAUAGAUACCGCCCAGAUCUCAUAGAUUUUGAUUCUUUAGAUGAGCAUAACACAGAGAAGAACAAUCAACUGGCAUUUGAUAUUGCUGAAAAGGAAUUAGGAAUUUCUCCCAUCAUGACAGGCAAGGAAAUGGCUUCAGUUGGGGAACCAGACAAGCUAUCAAUGGUGAUGUACCUGACCCAGUUCUAUGAGAUGUUCAAGGACUCCAUCCCCUCCAGUGUUACUUUGGAUGCUGAAGAGAAAGCGGUCCUGAUUGCUAGUACCAAAUCCCCCAUCUCUUUCCUUAGCAAACUUGGGCAGAGCAUCUCCCGGAAGCGUACUCCCAAGGAUAAGAAAGAGAAGGACUUGGAUGGUGUGGGGAAGAGAAGGAAGACCAGUCAGUCAGAAGAGGAGGAACCACCUCGAGGUUACAGGGAAGAGAGGCCCACUCUGGUAAGCGCCCUAACCGAGAGGAGGAUUGAUGUUGCUAUUGGUAACCAGAAUAAAGUGAAGUCCAUGGCUACCCAACUACUGGCAAAAUUUGAGGAGAAUGCACCACUACAAUCCACUGCUGGCAUAAGGAGACAGCCAAUCCACGAGCGUUGCAUCAGCCAGCCAUCCUGCAGACAGCCUGAGCAGGGCCGCCCUGCUCCGAUACCUCAGUGGAAACAGCGACGGCGAAAGGAGUAUUCUCGAACAUGCCCGAAAAAAGUGAUUACACUUUCUUCUCCCUCCAUUCCACCUUCUUCUCAAUUAUAUUGCGGUCAACAGAUGUACAGGGAUCUUGAUGCUGACAACCGUGGCAAGCAGAGUCCUCAAUAUGAAAGGCAAGAAACUGAACCUUCUCGUCGAUUUUUUGUUGAGCAAUGGGAGCUUUCCCUUAGCCUCCGUUCCUCCAACCGCCCUGCCUCACCCUCCUCUGACUCUCUCCGACAGAAGUAUAUAAAGAUGUACACGGGCGGAGUGAGCUCAUUGGCUGAGCAGAUAGCCAAUCAGCUUCAAAGGAAAGAACAGCCCAAAACCCUUCUAGACAAGAAGGAACUGGGCUCAUUGAAGAAGGAGUUCCCCCAGAAUAUAGGAGGCAGUGAUAUUUGCUAUUUCUGCCAUAAGCGAGUCUAUGUGAUGGAGAGGCUGAGUGCUGAAGGGAAGUUCUUCCAUCGAAGCUGCUUUAAGUGUGAAUACUGCGCUACUACCCUACGCCUGUCUUGCUAUGCAUACGACAUAGAGGAUGGUAAAUUCUACUGUAAACCUCACUACUGUUACCGACUUUCUGGAUAUGCACAGAGGAAGAGACCAGCAGUGGCUCCUCUGUCUGGAAAGGAGACUAAAGGGCCCCUGCAGGACGGUGCCGCAGCAGACAGAACUGGACGAUCUGACUCUACCACCAGCUCAGUGGAGAGGACUCCAGGUUCAAGUGUGAAUGGCUUAGAGGAGCCCAGCCUUGCCAAGAGACUGAAGGGUACCCCAGAAAGGAUUGAGCUGGAGAAUUAUAGGUUGUCCAUGAAACAGGCAGAAGAACUUGAAGAGGUUCCUGAGGAAACCCUAGCAGAACACAAUCUGAGCAGCGUGUUGGACAAAGGGACCGAAGAGGACGUGGCAAGCAGCAGUUCAGAGUCUGAGAUGGAGGAGGAUGAUGAAGAGGAAGAAGAAGAGGAAUCCCGUCUUCCACCUUCAGACCUGGGGGGUGUGCCUUGGAAGGAAGCUGUUCGCAUCCAUGCUCUUCUAAAAGGGAAGAGUGAGGAGGAGCUGGAGACCUCAAAACGCCUCGAGCCUGGGAAUGAGGAAGAGGAGGAGGAGGAGGAGGAGGAGGAUGACGACGAAGAAGAAGAAGAAGAAGAAGAAGAAUCUAGUGAAGUGCCUGACCUUCCUUCCAUUCGCCACGCAGCAGUACAGGCCUGGCUGGAGACGGUCUCUGGAGCCCCAUUUGAUGAAAAUGAUCUGGAGGAAGAUGUGGAAACAGAGCCUGCAGAGAUGGAGGGAGAGGCAGCAGAGGACGGAGACACUGGAGACACUGGUGCUGAGCUGGAUGACGAUCAGCGCUGGUCUGAUGACAUCCCAUCUGAUGCUGAAGCUGAGUUGGGUUUACAGGGCCAGGAAGCAAAAAAAGGAGAGCUAAAGCUUGAAGUAUCAGAGAAGGAAGAGGAGCAACCAACCUCCCUACCACACCAGCAAGGAGAAGGUCCCUCUCCACACUCUAGCCCUAGCAAGUCUCCUCUAGAAAGUCCUGGUCUACUCUCCACAGUUAGCAGAGCCAAAGCAGAGGACGUCCAAGUCCCCUUCUCUUCAGUUUUCAAUAGAGACAAAUCUCCAGAAGAGCAUUUUUUCCCAGAUAUAUUCCACAUCAAAGAAAAGCCAGAAGUUGAAAUUCCCAUGGAUCAGAAGGUUUUAAACACUUCUGCGACACUGUCUCCUAUCCGAUCCCAGCCAGCAGCCCUGCCAGAAGCCAUCAUGACCACUUCCCCAGUCAUGUCUGGAUCUGUGUCCCCUUCACUGGCUUCUACUUCACCUUCCUCACCACUGCCCAUCUGCUCUCAGCCCCAGCCUUCCUCUGAAACGUCCAUUCCAUCCCCCACAGAGUCUCCUAUUUGUUUCCAACCUAGUCCAAUAAUAACAUCCACUCCUCUGGUCUCCCUCGCCCGUAAAGACCAAGAUGAUGCAGUGGAAAAGCCACGCAGCCCUGUUGCCGCAGAUGAAUCCAUAAAACGGAAUGACCUCGUGGAGGAAUUUUGGUUAAAGAGCGCUGAAAUACGCAGGAGCCUUGGGCUCACCCCAGUGGAUAGAAAAAAGGGUACUGAACCAAGUUUCACUUUGCCCAGCCUUGAUUCUGUGUCCCUAAAAUCAUAUCCAACCAAGAAGGUAUCUCAAGAUGAAGAAAUCCAUCUUUUAAAACCUCAACCUUCUCCUAGAAGGCCAGGCAUACCAAAGUUAGAUAGCGAUCAGCCAUCACUGCUGACUCCUAAAUCACCAUCCGAGAAAGAACUGAAAAGCUUGAUCCACGAGGAGAGGAAAGACUUGUCCAGCAGCUCUGGCCUGGGUCUUCAUGGGAGCUCCUCCAACAUGAGGACCUUGGCCAGUCAGAGCUUUAAUACCUCUGACUCAACCAUGCUCACACCACCUUCAAGCCCUCCUCCUCCCCCACCACCAGAUGAGAAACCAGCAACUCUUCGAAGAAAGAAACAGGCUUCCUGGCAGAAUGAAACUGAAUCCAAGCCUUCACCUACCACUCCCCCCGUAGUCAUUGUUCGGCCCCACCAAGAACCAUCACAGCCAUCCAGAGAAGAGGUGCGCAAGUCAUUUGUGGAAAGCGUUGAUGAAAUUCCAUUUGCUGAUGAUGUGGAGGACACAUAUGAUGAGAAGACAGAAGACACGAGCUUCCAGGAAAAGUUCUUCACCCCACCCAGCUGCUGGCCCUCCUCAGAAAAACCUCUCUACCUACCCUUGGCCAAAGAAAAUGGCAGGUUGCCUGCUUUGGAAGGUGAGUCCCAACAAGAAAAGAGGGGGCUGCCGGUGGUGUCUCCAGAAGCCAAGGAACUGGCCAAAGAGCGGAUGAGAGCCAGAGAGAAAUCUGUGAAGAGCCAGGCAUUGCGAGAUGCCAUGGCCAAGCAGUUAAAAAAGAUGAAAGAGAUGGAGAUGACAGCUGCCACUUCAGCUGGAACCUCUAGGAUCUUGAACAAAGGGGCUUCUUUGCCUUCCAAGACGAGAGAGCAGCUGGUCUCAGAACCCCUAAAGCAGUCAGCUCUUGGAAGAUCUGAGGUGCCCACCCUAAAGCAUGAAGCAACCAGUGAGGAGUUUUUUUCCCCACCGUCCGAUUCAGGAGGCCCUGAUGGCUCUGUCACGUCCUCCGAGGGUUCUAGUGGAAAAAGCAAGAAAAGAUCUUCACUCUUCUCCCCCCGAAAGAACAAGAAAGAGAAGAAGUCCAAAAAUGAGGGCCGGCCACUAGAAAAGCCCAGUGGGAAUGUCCUGGAGGAAUCAGCUGCCAAACCUAAGUCUUUAUGGAAAUCAGUAUUCUCAGGGUACAAGAAGGACAAGAAGAAGAAAGUAGACAAUAAAUCCUGCCCCAGCACUCCAUCCAGUGGUGCCACAGUGGACUCUGGGAAGCGUAAGAUGUCUCCUAUGGUCAGAACAGAGCUGCAACUACGUCGACACCUGAGUUUCUCAGAGGACUCUGAUCUCUCCAGUGAUGAUGUCUUGGAGAGGUCCUCCCAAAAGUCCAAGCGAGAGUCGAUUUAUGUACCACACGUCUUGGCAUUCAAGAGGUCAUAUUCAUCAAAGCCAAGGACCUACACUGAGGAGGAACUAAACGCCAAACUGACCAGGCGAGUACAGAAGGCUGCUCGGAGACAAGCCAAGCAAGAAGAACUCAAGCGAUUACAUAGAGCCCAGAUUAUCCAACGACAGCUGGAGCAGGUGGAAGAGAAGCAGAGACAACUAGAGGAGAGAGGAGUCGCGGUAGAAAAGGCUCUCCGUGGUGAAGCAGACUAUUGGGGAGAGUCUUAUUACAGUGACAUCAUCGACUUGCAUCUGGGUGGCAUGGGGAAGAAGGAUGAUCCAAAGCUGAUGCAAGAGUGGUUCAAGCUGGUACAAGAGAAAAAUGCCUUGGUGCGCUAUGAGUCAGAGCUUAUGAUAUUCGCCCGGGAACUGGAACUAGAAGAUCGGCAGAGUCGAUUACAGCAAGAGCUCCGGGAACGGAUGGCCGUUGAAGACCACUUAAAGACGGAUGAAGAGCUAUUAGAAGAGAAGAGGAUUCUGAACGAGAUGUUAGAGGUGGUGGAGCAGAGGGACUCUCUGGUGGCCUUGCUCGAAGAGCAGAGACUUCGAGAAAAAGAAGAAGACAAGGAUCUGGAGGCCGUCAUGCUCUCCAAAGGCUUCAACAUGAACUGGUCCUGAGGAUCUGCUCACUCUCACUGGUUGGUCUUUCGUAGCCAUUCGGCAUAGGCUGGGCUCUCCAGAAACCCCUAGCUUGAGAGAUCUGAGAAGGUCUGGCAUUUUCUGAGAGCAUACUUUCAAGUAUCCAUGUGCCUCUUCAACAGUGGAAUUGAGCCUCAUGUGUUUUGGGGAAAACCCUGAGCGAAGUUGAUGAGCUGAGGGAAUCCGGCCGCCCUGGAGAACCUGGCUCAAGGGGCCCACCUGAGACAGAUGCACGGGGAGAAGGAAGAGCACAGAGUGAUGGACGCUUAUUAUGGAAAACCCUUUAUCCUCCCAAAUGGACUACAGUUGGUCCUUUUCCCAUUUCCUCUACUAACCUGUUCAAUUAGAGAAGGAAGUGAAGAGACUCUCUCUUUGUUGACAUCACUGCUACGAUGGAGUUAACUUCCUAUUGCAGGGGAGAGUCUAAGCAACCAAAGAGAGCAGCAUUUUUACCUAUUCUUCCUAUAACCCCAUGAAAGAAACCUAAAAAACACACCCUACCCUGAGAAUACCCAAGAGAGUAAAAGUACCAUUGUCAGGCUGGGGUCAAGCCAUCCAUCUUGGAGGUCAGGGUUGGUGACUAAGAGCUAUCUCUAGGGAGGUCUCCAGAGUUAGCUCUACAAGUGAAGAGGGUACAUAAGGGAACAACCCUACACUACACGAUUUAGAGAAAGUUCAUUUAGAGUGUGUGGGCCAAGCAUCCCGUGGCCCAAGCACUUUCCUGUGGCAAGGACCCCAGGCCUGGGGAGUGCUACCUUUCACCUUUGUUUUGAAUUGCAACUAUUUUGACACUGGAAAAUACUGACUUUGAGGGACGACGGGGUCAAGGUCCCAGGUUCCAGACCCCAGCUGAGGGCUGCCUCAGGACAGAAAGUUAUUGACACUGUUCAGUACUUUAAGUUGGGAAAGGAGAAUAUGUUUUCCUUAAUUUUUUUUCCUGUGUUUGCACAAUGAAAAUGAAGCAAAGACCUGACAGGACCCUCGGUCACUUUGAACCCUUUUUAUUUUUUGUCAAUUAACUUAUUUUUUUUAAUACUUGAAAAAAAGCAAGUUCGCUUUUUAUAUCUUUACAAGAAACACAAAUCAUUCAGUGCUCGAAUGAGGGAGUGCCAGACAUCUGUCUUACAUCAUUCGUCAUCCAAUCGGCAACUGACUGAAGUCUUGGUUAUAUGCAUCUAUUUAUUCGUGUCGUUCGUGAUAUUUCUAGCUUGUUAUUCUGGUUGGCUUCAGGGAAUAGAACACAACCCUGUUGUGACCUAGUUUUUUUCUUGUUUUAUCUGAUGGCUUGUUCUGUGCCCUCUUGUGUGUCCUGUCCUGGCUGAGACCUAAUCUUGGCGCCAUGCCUCCUGACUUGGAGAAUAGCAUGUCUCCGGGAUCCAACUUUCCCUUUCCUUCUGUGCUUCAGAUUUGCAAAUGGGUAAUAGUCAUGUGUCAGAGAAUAUAUUUUCAUUAAUAUUCAAGACAAAGCCAAGAUUAUGACACCAACCUUCUGUCCCCUACGCCGUUCCCCUCCCCCCUUGGUAUCUCUCCUGUUGUGAGAUCCUGGCUCUGAAAAAGCUGCUCUUCUCAUAUGCUUUUCUCACCAAGGGUUUCUCCUACUAAAAAUACACUUAUAAAAGAA